AUGCAGCAAAGUGUCCUCCUACGCCAUGUAGUCGGCAGCUUCUCGACGGCUGUGACCGUCUCGAAACUCCCUCUUCGCUCCGCAGCGACCCGCACCGCUGCUGGACGCGCACCACCACCACCACCAUCACGACAAGCUGCGAAGACCGCGCCGGCCGCUCGGACUGGCAUUCCCUUCACGUAUGCACUAGUAUCAGGUGCGUWCGCCGCAGCUCUUGUGUUCUACUCCGGCGCGCUGGUCGUCGCCGCCUUGAAACCCAGCACAAAUCCUUCUGUGGCCAUACUGGAUCAGCAGAAAGAUGUGUCAGGCGUCUAUGACACCACGGCAGGUGACUUUGAUGGCGAAGUGGGUUUCUCUGAAAUGCUCAUGGGCGUCAACCGCAUGCGAAAGUCUCUCGCUCAGCAAUGCACUGGCCAUGUGCUUGAAGUGAGCUGCGGGACGGGCAGGAACCUGAGUUACUACGACAUCUGGAAGAAAGGUCAAGUCGACAGCCUCACUUUUGUGGACCUAAGUCCGCAGAUGGUGGAUGUCUGCAAGAAGAAGUGGGACAUUCUCAUGCGAAAGAAACAGAACAAGCUCAAUCCGAACCUGGUUGUGCGCUUCCUGCCCGCUUCGGCUCUGGGGACAAUGCCUCUGGCUCCUACUUCUCCCACCCCAAAAAAGUACGAUACAGUCAUACAGACAAUGGGUCUCUGUAGUACGCCCUCUCCUGUCGAGCUUCUCGAGAACAUGGUUCAGUAUCUUGACACCGACAACCCGGACUCUCGUAUCCUCCUUUUGGAGCAUGGACGGAGCUAUAGAGCCUGGCUCAACAACAUCUUGGACAACUCUGCUGAGAAGCACGCCGAGAUCCAUGGAUGCUGGUUCAACAGGGACAUUGGUGCUCUGGUUGAGGAUGCUGCCCGACGAACGGGCCUGGAAGUCGUAACAGAAAGACGCUUCCACUUGGGAACCACUUGGGUGUUUGAACUUAAGCCUAAAGUUAAACCCUCCUCGCCCAGUGAAGUCGCUAGUGAACCUGAGCUUGAAGAGCAAAAGAAGUCGUGGCUCCCUUGGAAGUAA